AUGGUAACCAAACCUGGAAAGGUUAGGAUUUGUCUGGAUUGUCGCAAGGUAAACAGUUUCACAGAAAAGGAUGCUUAUCCACUUCCCCAAAUUAGUGGCAUUUUGAGUCGUUUACCAAAAGCAGAGUACAUAUCGAGUCUUGAUCUCAAGGACGCUUACUGGCAGGUGCCUUUAGACGUAGCAUCUCGUGACAAAACAGCGUUCACAGUUCCUGGUAGACCCCUUUACCAAUUUAAAGUCAUGCCGUUCGGGCUGUGUAAUGCCACGAGCACAAUGUCGCGCUUAAUGGACAAGGUCGUCCCAGCACAUCUCAGAAAUGAGGUGUUCAUUUAUCUAGACGAUUUGUUGGUAAUUUCUGCUAGUUUUGAAAGGCAUCUCGAAGUGUUAAGGGAGGUAGCUCUUCACAUAAGGCAUGCAGGUUUGACGAUCAACAUUGGCAAAAGUCACUUCUGCAUGCUGCGUGUGCGCUAUUUAGGUCAUAUAAUAGGAGACGGUGGAAUACGCACCGACCCUGAAAAGGUGGCUGCUAUCACGAAUUUUCCGCUACCCCGAAGUUUGCGCAGCUUGAGAAGUUUUAUGGGUUUGUGUGGAUGGUAUCGCAAGUUUGUUCCAAACUUUGCUGCACAAUCCGCUCCUCUGACUGAUCUGAUGACCACGAAACGGAAGUUUAGCUUGACGGAUGAGGCAAUAAAAGCUUUUGAACAGUUAAAGCGUUGUCUUACUCGAUGGGCUUUAGCGUUGCAAAGGUAUAAUUUCGACAUUGAGCAUCGGAAGGGUUCCCUUAACAUAGUUCCCGACUCAUUGUCUCGCGUCAACGAGGAUACAGUAGCCGCUUUAGACCUGCGAGAAGGGUUGCUCGUUGAUCUUAACUCUGAACAUUUCAAGUCCUCGGAUUACGUUGAUCUUGUAGAGAAAGUAGAAGCAAAUCAAGCCAAUUUUCCUGAUCUCAAGACCGACAGCGGUUAUGUGUAUCGAAAAGCCGAGCACUUGACAGGAGAGCAAGUUCACGAUGAGUAUGCGUGGAAGCUCUGGAUACCCAGAGAAUUAGUACCCGAAAUCCUUUCGCGAGCGCAUGAUAGUCCUUUGUCGUCCCACGGUGGCAUACACAAAACGAUCGAGAGAGCAGUUCGAAAGAUUGAUUCUGGAGUCGUGAUAAAAUACCUUGAAGGAGAAUUGUUCAUGGCGUAUGGAGCCCCGGAAACAGUGGUAUCCGACAAUGGCUCGCAAUUUCGCUCUCAUGCUUUUCAGAAGCUCAUGCAGCAGUACGGCGUUACUCACACACUGACUGCUGUGCAUUCGCCCCAGGCUAACGCGUCUGAGCGCGUUAAUCGGUCUGUAAUCUCCGCAAUCAGGGCUUACUUGCGCCCUGACCAAAAGGACUGGGACGAGUAUCUAAGCAGGAUAUGUUGCGCUCUAAGAUCCUCGGUGCAUGCUAGUAUAGGGACUUCUCCAUACUACAUGGUUUUUGGACAACAUAUGAUUACUUCCGGUUCCGCUUACUCGCUGUUAAGGAAAUUAAACUUGUUGGAUGAUCGAUCCUUGAAGUUCAAUCGGGAAGAUUCGUUUGACAUUGUUCGUGAUAAAGCUAGUAAGCGAAUGCAGGAAAAGCACGAUGAAAACGAAAAGCGUUAUAAUCUUCGUUCUCGAAUCGUGUCCUUUGCCGAAGGGCAAGAAGUAUUCCGUCGUAACUUUAAACAGAGUUGUUUUCAGACUGGCUACAAUGCCAAAUUCGGUCCUUCUUUUGUAAAAGCUAGAGUUCGGAAAAAGCUAGGAAGCGCUUAUUACGAACUAGAAGAUUUACAAGGACGGUUGUUAGGCACAUAUCAUGCGAAAGAUAUCCGACAGUAA